AUGGACGUUCAAUUAUUCUUUCAAUUCUUCUGUCUCGUUCUCUUCUACUUAUUAUCUACGGCGAUCUUUCUAUCACUAAACUUUUUCCUCUUUUAUAUCAAAACACCAUUUUCUUUCCUUGGCAUUUCCCGCUUAUUUUUUUUUGUUUCUUUUUGUCUUUCUGCAUCAAACUUUCUCAUGACUCGAUUAUAUUUAUUUUAUAACGUACCGCCACCAUUUUCUCUCUUUCUCUCUCUCUCUCUCUCUCUCUCUCUCUCUCUCUCUCUCUCUUCUCUUUCUUUCUCUCAGUACGCUUCUAUCGACUUCUUUUUUAAUCAAUAUUUCUUAAGCUCUUUUUCCUUCUUUUUUCUUCCUUUUUAUCUCCGUCUUUUCUAUUGUUUUCCUUUUAGUUUGUCUUUCCUUUUUUGGUUUCUGACAUUUUCUUUCUAUCUAUUUUUUUACUUAUUUAAUUCUAUCGUUUUCUUUCUUUCUCUCUGUUUUUUCUUUUCUUUCUUUCUCUUUUCUCUUUGUUUCUAUUGUUUGCUUUUUUCUCUUUUUCUCUCAUUUUUUUUUUUUUUUGUUUCUAUCGUUUCCUUUUUGUCUUUUCCAUUUGUUCCUAUCGUUUUAUUUCUCUCUUUUUCUCUCUUUUCGUUUCUGGCGUUUUCUUUCCCUGUGUCAUCCUUUUUCCGAUCGUCUUGUAUAUUUUUCCGACAGUCUUCUAUAUUUCUUUCUAUUUUUCUGUUAUUUCCUUUAACUCAUUUUUUUUGUUUUUGUUUUCAAUCUUUUCUUUCUUAUUUUCUCUUUCUGUCUUUCUCUCCCGUCUCUUGCCCUCCCCUCUCUCUCUCUCUCACUCUCCUUUCUAUUUUCUUUCUGUUAUUUUCUUUCUUUAUCUCGGUUUUUCCCUUUUUUUUAUCGUUUUCUUUCAUUAAUUCUCUCUUUUUCUUUUUGAUUCUGCCGUUCUCUUUAUUUCUCUCUGUCUUUUCUUGUUGCUUCUAUCACUUUCUUACUUUUUCACAAUACUUCUUAAUUUCUUUUGCUUUCUCCUUAUCUCUCUCUUUUUUUUUUUUAAUUCGCCGUCACAUUUAA